UGUACCUGUUGAGAUCCUCCCUCUGUGUGGGGCUGUGUUAGAGGGAGCUCGCUGUGGUUUUCUAAGUAUUGAACAGCCUAUUUUCAACACUCGGGUCACUUCCCAAGACUGAUCUUACCUGAGAAGGAAGACCAGAGGAGAAGGAAAGCAAGGAGUCAGAAAUGACUCGUUCCCAGGGAUGGCUGAUGUUCCAGGAUGUGACCAUAGACUUCACUCAAGAGGAGUGGGAAUGCCUGGACCUCGGUCAGCGGGACUUGUACAGGGAUGUGAUGUUAGAGACCUACGGGAACCUGGCCUCCUUGGGUCUUGUGGUCUCUAAGCCGGACCUGGUCACCUUUCUGGAGCAAAUGAAGAAUCCCUGGGAUGUAAGGAGAACGGACACAACACGAAUCCGUAUUGGCCAGAAGCCUUAUAAAUGUAAGGACUGUGGCAAAGGCUUUAUUCAACACAGAGAUCUUACUUGCCAUCAGAGAAUUCACACUGGAGAGAAACCUUAUAAAUGUCAAGAAUGUGGGAAAGCUUUCAGUCAUUACGCAACUCUUAGUAAACACCAGCGAAUUCAUACUGGAGAGAAGCCUUAUAAAUGUAAGGAUUGUGGCAAAGGCUUUAGCCAGCUCUCAGGUCUUACUUGCCAUCAGAGAAUUCACACUGGAGAGAAACCAUAUACAUGUCAAGAAUGUGGAAAAGCUUUCAGUCAACAGGCAAAUCGUAAUAAACACCAGCGAAUUCAUACUGGAGAAAAGGGUUAUAAAUGUAAGGAUUGUGGCAAAGACUUUAGGCAGGGCUCAGACCUUAUAUCCCAUCAGAGAGCUCAUACUGGAGAGAAGCCUUAUAAAUGUAAGGAUUGUGGUAAAGGCUUUAGCCGGAACUCAGGUCUUACUUGCCAUCAGAGAGUUCAUACUGGAGAGAAGCCUUAUAAAUGUAAGGAUUGUGGCAAAGGCUUUAGCCAGCUCUCAGGUCUUAUUUCCCAUCAGAGGGUUCAUACUGGAGAGAAGCCUUAUAAAUGUAAGGAUUGUGGCAAAGGCUUUAGCCAGCUCUCAAGUCUUAUUUGCCAUCAGACAGUUCAUACUGGAGAGAAGCCUUAUAAAUGUAAGGAUUGUGGCAAAGGCUUUAGCCGGAACUCAGGUCUUACUUGCCAUCAGAGAGUUCAUACUGGAGAGAAGCCUUAUAAAUGUAAGGAUUGUGGCAAAGGCUUUAGCCGGAACUCAGGUCUUACUUGCCAUCAGAAAAUUCACACUGGAGAGAAACCUUAUAAAUGGAACGAAUGUGGAAGAGCUUUCAGUCAAUACGCAACUCUUAUUAAACACCAGCAAAUUCAUAGUGACGAGAAGCCUUAUAAAUGUAAGGAUUGUGGCAAAGACUUUAGCCGGCACUCAGGUCUUAUAUCCCAUCAGAGAGCUCAUACUGGAGAGAAGCCUUAUAAAUAUAAGGAUGGUGGCAAAGGCUUUAGCUGGCACUCAGGUCUUACUUGCCAUCAGAAAAUUCACACUGGAGAGAAACCUUAUAAAUGUCAAAAAUGUGGAAAAGACUUUAGUCAACACUCUACUCUUACUCAACACCAGCGAAUUCACACUGGAGAGAAGCCUUAUAAAUGUAAGGAUUGUGGCAAAGGCUUUAGGCACGGCAAAGUUCUUACUCACCAUCAGAGAAUUCACACUGGAGAGAAACCUUCAUAA